CCUUAAUUCAAACGAAAAACUACAAUUCGAAGAGGAAGAUAUGGAUAUUUUCAAAAGCAGAGUAUUUCAAAUUUAGAAUAGAAGAAACAAAAACAAAAAACAGACAAAUUCUUGUCCUUAGACACAGGAUGCAAUCCUUAAUUGGACCGCAAUAUCUGCCCCUAAAUAACGGUUCGGUUGUUGACAAAGUAACUCCGGACAUGUUGCACCUGAUUCACCCUUAUUGGCAUCGAUUCCCUCCUAUGGAACCUGUAAUGACGAAAAUUCUUGGUACUUUCCUGGGAAUGGCUGGGAUAUUAUCUUUCUUUGGCAAUGGCAUGGUAGUUUAUAUAUUUUCAACAACUAAAGCUCUCAGGACACCAGCCAAUUUGCUGGUCCUUAAUUUGGCGUUUUCGGAUUUUUCAAUGAUGACAACAAGCUGUCCAAUGAUAACAAUAAAUUUGUUUCACGAAACAUGGGUAUUGGGCCCGUUGGUUUGUGACAUUUAUGGUAUGUUGGGAUCGAUUUUUGGAUGUGUAUCGAUCUGGACAAUGUGCAUGAUAGCGGUGGAUCGAUAUGAAGUAAUAGUGAAGGGUGUUACUGGACGCCCAAUGACAGUGAAACUAGCAAUAGUCAAAAUCAUACUUAUUUGGGUUUUUUCAGCAUUUUGGACUGUUGCUCCUAUGUUUGGAUGGAGUAGAUACAUUCCAGAGGGAAAUCUAACCUCGUGUGGAGUUGACUAUCUCACUCAAGAUUGGAACCCCAAGAGCUACCUCAUAGCCUAUACAAUUUUUUGUUAUAUCCUUCCGCUCUUCCUCAUAUGCUAUUCUUACUGGUUUAUAAUUGCUGCUGUAUCAGCUCACGAAAAGGCAAUGCGUGAACAAGCCAAGAAAAUGAAUGUCAAAUCAUUGCGGUCUUCAGAAGAUGCCAAUAAAAGUACCGAGGGGAAAAUAGCUAAAGUAGCCUUAGUUUCUAUUUCACUUUGGUUUUUGGCUUGGACCCCUUAUGGAAUAUUGAAUUUUAUGGGAUUUUUCGAAUCCGAUGCUCUCACACCUACAAUUUCAAUUUGGGGUGCAGCAUUUGCAAAAGCUGGAUCAUCCUAUAAUCCGGUUGUUUAUGGAAUAAGCCACCCAAAAUACCGUUCGGCACUGAAAGAGCGAUUUUCUUUUCUAGUUUGUGGUAAAACGGAGGAGCCGAUACGAAGUGAACUUUCUUCAGUGGGUACUAUCAAAGAACAUGAAGAAACUGCUACAUAAGAAUAUUUUAAAAUAAUCAAAACAACGCAUCAAUCUUACUUUAAAUAAAAACAAAAAUCUAGCAUUGACAAUCUUAAAA